GCCGCCCGCAGCCGCAGCCGCUGCUCCUCCCCGGCGGCCGCCCCCCGCGGGUCCCUCCCUGGCUGCGGGAGACGCGGAGGUAGAGGGAGGACGCCACCGCUCCGCCCCGCACCCGAACCCUUACGCCUCGCCCUGCCGGUCCCUCUCUCGGUGGGAGGAACAUGGAUAAUCUCAGCGACGCUUUACAGAAGCUGAAGAUAACCGCUGCGGACAGGGCAGAGGGCAGUUUGGAGGGAUGCUUGGAUUGUCUGCUUCAGGCCUUGGCCCAAAACAACACAGAAACAAGUGAAAAAAUACAAGGAAGUGGAGUACUUCAGUUGCUCGCAAACCUGUUAACGCCGCAGUCUUCCUGCACAGCCAGAGUAGCCAACAUCAUAGCAGAAGUAGCCAAAAACGAAUUUAUGCGAAUUCCAUGUGUAGAUGCUGGAUUGGUGUCACCACUGGUACAGCUGUUAAACAGCAAAGACCAGGAAGUACUGCUCCAGACGGGCAGGGCGCUAGGAAACAUCUGCUACGAUAGCCAUGAGGGCAGAAGUGCAGUUGACCAAGCAGGUGGUGCACAGAUUGUAAUUGACCAUUUAAGGUCGCUGUGCAGUGUAACAGACCCCGCCAGUGAGAAGCUUUUGACUGUGUUUUGUGGCAUGCUGAUGAACUAUAGCAAUGAGAAUGAUUCCCUUCAAGCUCAGCUUAUCAAUAUGGGUGUUAUCCCAACGUUAGUGAAAUUACUGGGCAUCCACUGCCAUAAUGCAGCUCUUACAGAAAUGUGUCUUGUUGCAUUUGGGAAUUUAGCUGAACUCGAGUCAAGUAAAGAGCAGUUUGCCAGUACGAACAUUGCUGAAGAGCUGGUAAAACUAUUCAAGAAACAAAUAGAACAUGAUAAAAGAGAAAUGGUUUUUGAAGUUCUAGCUCCAUUGGCAGAAAAUGAUGCUAUUAAACUGCAGCUGGUUGAAGCAGGCUUGGUGGAGUGUCUGCUAGAGAUUGUUCAACAGAAGGUGGACAGUGACAAAGAGGAUGACGUUGCUGAGCUUAAAACUGCUUCCGAUCUAAUGGUUUUAUUGCUUCUUGGAGAUGAAUCCAUGCAGAAACUUUUUGAAGGAGGAAAAGGCAGUGUGUUCCAAAGGGUGCUUUCUUGGAUUCCUUCAAAUAACAACCAGCUGCAGCUUGCUGGGGCAUUAGCAAUUGCAAAUUUUGCCAGGAAUGAUGGGAAUUGUAUUCAUAUGGUAGACAGUGGAAUUGUAGAAAAGCUCAUGGAUUUGCUGGACAGACACGAAGAAGAUGGGAGUGUGACUGUGCAGCACGCAGCACUAAGUGCCCUCAGGAAUCUAGCCAUUCCAGUUGUAAAUAAAGCAAAGAUGUUAUCAGCUGGGGUCACAGGGACGGUUUUGAAGUUCCUUAAAUCUGAAAUGCCCCCAGUUCAGUUCAAACUCCUGGGAACGCUAAGAAUGUUAAUAGAUGCACAAGCAGAAGCUGCUGAACAACUGGGAAAGAAUGCUAAACUGGUGGAGCGGUUGGUCGAGUGGUGUGAAGCCAAAGAUCACGCCGGUGUGAUGGGAGAGUCAAACAGGCUGCUCUCUGCCCUCAUACGACACAGUAAAUCAAAAGAUGUAAUUAAAACCAUUGUACAGAGUGGUGGCAUCAAGCAUCUAGUUACCAUGGCAACUAGUGAGCAUGUAAUAAUGCAGAAUGAAGCUCUUGUUGCUUUGGCACUAAUAGCAGCUUUGGAAUUGGGUCCUGCUGAGAAAGAUCUCGAAAGUGCCCAGCUUGUACAGAUUUUACACCGACUGCUAGCAGAUGAGAGAAGUGCCCCGGAAAUCAAAUAUAAUUCCAUGGUCCUGAUCUGUGCUCUCAUGGGAUCGGAAUCUCUAUACAAAGAAGUGCAGGAUUUGGCCUUUCUAGAUGUCGUGUCCAAACUUCGAAGUCACGAGAACAAAAGCGUUGCCCAACAGGCCUCGCUUACAGAGCAGAGACUUACAGUGGAGAGCUGAGAACCGCCCCUCCCCAGCACAAGGCGUCAUCCCAGCGCUGAUGACCCCCGCU